UAACUAAUAUCUAAUUGCAGUGAUGGGGUUCAGGCAAGUGUCUGCAGUGCUUCUUUUGGUCAUGGCUUUUGGCUGUGUUGUUAGUGAUGCUUGGGACUCCAGAUGGUUUUAUCCGAGAUCGGGGUUUCUGCAUGACGAUCAAGUCCCAGCCCAGUUUGACUCUCAGAAGCCAGUGCAGGAAGAGCCUGUGGGAGAAGACCCUGUUGAGCCUGUGGGAGAAGACCCUGUUGAGCCUGUGGGAGAAGACCCUGUUGAGCCUGUGGGAGAAGACCCUGUUGAGCCUGUGGGAGAAGACCCUGUUGAGCCAGUGGGACAAGAACCUAGUGAGCCAGUGGGACAAGAACCUAGCCAGGAUGAGGACCCUGAAGGCUUCCAGUCCAAGCAGACCUUUGAGAACCUUCUGACUUGGCGCUAUCCUAAGGUUGAAAUGCAUGACCGCAAUUCUACUGUGUUUGAAAAUCUAAAACAAGUGGCGGCCAACAGUGUGGUAGCUCGGUGUGGGGAGAGCGUGGUCCGUGUGGAGGUGAAGCAGGAUCUUCUGGGGAUUGGCCGGCUCAUCCAGCCAGAGCGUAUCACUUUAGGAGGCUGUGCUGCCACUAAGGAGGACUCUGAAACUCAUGUGCUCACCUUUGAAUCAGAGCUGCAUGGCUGUGGCAGUGAGCUGACGAUGACGGAGGGCGUGCUGAUCUACACCUUCACUCUUGUCUAUGAGCCAAAACCUCUUGCUAACACUUCUAUAGUGAAGCCCAGUGCAGCUAUGGUUGAUAUUGAGUGCCACUACUUGAGGAAACACGAUGUGAGCAACAAUGCCCUGAAGUCUGGAGAGCCUGUGGGACAAGAACCUAGCAAGCCUGUGGGACAGGAACCUAGCCAGGUUGUUGUGGGCCUGGAACCUAGCAAGCCUGUGGGACAGGGACCUAGCAAGCCUGUUGGAGAGCCUGUGGGCCAGGAACCUAGCAAGCCGGUGGGCCAGGAGCCUAGCAAGCCUGUUGGAGAGCCUGUGGGCCAGGAACCUAGCAAGCCUGUUGGAGAGCCUGUGGGCCAGGAACCUAGAAAGCCUGUAGGCCAGGUGCCGAGCAAGCCUGUUGGAGAGCCUGUAGAACAGGAACCUAGCAAGCCUGUUGGCGUGACUGUGGGCCUGGAACCUAGCGUGACUGUGGGCCCGGGACCUAUCAUGCCUGUAGGCCAGGGAACUAGCAAGCCUGUUGGCGUGACUGUGGGCCAGGAACCUAGCAAGCCUGUUGGCCAGGUGCCGAGCAAGCCUGUUGGCGUGACUGUGGGCCAGGAGCCUAGCAAGCCUGUUGGAGAGCCUGUAGCACAGGAACCUAGCAAGCCUGUUGGCGUGACUGUGGGCCUGGAACCUAGCAAGCCUGUAGGCCAGGGAACUAGCAAGCCUGUUGGAGAGCCUGUAGGCCAGGAACCUAGCAAGCCUGUUGGCGUGACUGUGGGCCAGGAGCCUAGCAAGCCUGUUGGAGAGCCUGUAGCACAGGAACCUAGCAUGCCUGUUGGCGUGACUGUGGGCCUGGAACCUAGCGUGACUGUGGGCCAGGAGCCUAGCAAGCCUGUUGGCGUGACUGUGGGCCUGGAACCUAGCAAGUCUGUAGGCCAGGGAACUAGCAAGCCUGUUGGCAUGACUGUGGGCCCGGAACCUAGCGUGACUGUGGGCCAGGAGCCUAGCAAGCCUGUUGGAGAGCCUGUAGGCCAGGAACCUAGCAAGCCUGUAGGCCAGGGAACUAGCAAGCCUGUUGGAGAGCAUGUGGGCCAGGAACCUAGCGUGCCUGUGGGCCAGGAGCCUAGCAAGCCUGUUGGCGUGACUGUGGGCCAGGAACCUAGCAAGCCUGUUGGAGAGCCUGUAGCACAGGAACCUAGCAAGCCUGUUGGCGUGACUGUAGGCCAGGAACCUGGUGUGACUGUGGGCCAGGAGCCUAGCAAGCCUGUUGGAGAGCCUGUAGCACAGGAACCUAGCAAGCCUGUUGGCGUGACUGUGGGCCUGGAACCUAGCAAGCCUGUAGGCCAGGGAACUAGCAAGCCUGUUGGCGUGACUGUGGGCCAGGAACCUGGCGUGCCUGUGGGCCAGGAGCCUAGCAAGCCUGUUGGAGAGCCUGUGGGCCAGGAGCCUAGCAAGCCUGUUGGUGUGACUGUGGGCCUGGAACCUAGCAAGCCUGUAGGCCAGGGAACUAGCAAGCCUGCUGGCAUGACUGUGGGCCAGGAACCUAGCAUGACUGUGUGCCAGGAACCUAGCAUGCCUGUGGGCCAGGAGCCUAGCAAGCCUGUUGGAGAGCCUGUGGGCCAGGAGCCUAGAAAGCCUGUUGGAGAGCCUGUGGGCCAGGAGCCUAGCAAGCCUGUUGGAGAGCCUGUUGGCCAGGAACCUAGAAAGCCUGUUGGAGAGCCUGUAGAACAGGAACCAAGCAAGCCUGUUGGCGUGUCUGUGGGCCAGGAACCUAGCAAGCCUGUGGGCCAGGUACUUUGCAAGCCUGUGGGACAGGAACCUAACCAGGCUUUAGAGUUUGAGAGCUCCCAGUCCAAGCAGACCUCUGAGAACCCUUUGACUUGGAGAUUUCCUUACGUUGAAAAGCCUGAGCGCAAGUCUACUGUAUUUGAGGGGCUGAAGCAGGUGGCUGCUAACAGUGUGGCGGCUUGGUGUGGGGAGAGUGUGGUCCGUGUGGAGGUGAAGCAGGACUUGCUGGGCAUUGGCCGGCUCAUCCAGCCAGAGCGUAUCACUCUAGGAGGCUGUGCUGCCACUGAGGAGGACGCUGACGCUCAUGUGCUCACCUUUGAAUCAGAGCUGCAUGGCUGUGGCAGUGAGCUGACGAUGACGGAGGAUGUGCUGAUCUACACCUUCACGCUUGUCCAUGAGCCAAAACCUCUUGCUAACACUUCUAUAGUGAAGACCAGUGCAGCUAUGGUUGAUAUUGAGUGCCACUACUUGAGGAAUCACGAUGUGAGCAGCAAUGCCCUGAAGCCGACCUGGAUCCCCUACACCUCCAACAUGGUGGCAGAGGAGCUCCUCUACUUCUCUCUGAGGUUAAUGACUGCUGACUGGCAGUUUGAGAGGCCCUCCAACCAUUACUAUCUUGGUGACGUCAUCAACAUGGAAGCUUCGGUCAUGCCCUACCACCACGUUCCCCUCCGUAUCUUUGUGGACCGCUGUGUCGCCACCUUGGCGCCUGAUGUCAACACUGUCCCUAGAUACUCUUUCAUUGAGGACCAUGGAUGUCUGGUUGACGCCAAGCUGACCGGCUCCAGCUCCCAGUUCCUGUCCAGAUCCAAGGAUGACAAGAUCCAGUUUCAGCUGGAGUCCUUCAGGUUCCAACCACAGAAUGAUUCCCAACAGCUCUACAUAACAUGUCAUCUGAAAGCAACUGCAGCCUCUUCCCCCAUUGAUGCUGAGAACAAGGCCUGCUCCUUCACAGAUGGGUGGAAGGCUGCAGAUGGGGAUGACGAGGUUUGUGGCUGCUGUGACUCCAGCUGUGCUGCGAGCAAGGCUAGAGAUCUGGACAGUAAUUCAGAUGUGCAGAAGGAAGGUGACGCUACCAUGGGCCCUAUCAUAGUCCAAGAGUAAUCUUGCUUUUUUAAACUUUUUUUGGGAGAAUAAACAAAUUACAAUGUUCA